GGAAAAACUCCCUUUUAACAGGAAGAAACCUCCGGCAGAACCAGGCUCAGGGAGGGGCGGGGCCAUCUGCUGAGCCAGUGGUUGUUGUAAACAAACUUAUAGCAGCAUCUGUACAUCAUGUUUUUAAAUCCAUAACAGAAGUCUGUAUUUCUCACAGCCAAAGCAGAAAACAAAGAACCACAUGAAACAGAAAUAAGAUGGAGCAAACAGGUGUGGGUUCAUCAGAACGGUGUGGGCCCAAGGUUGGAGCCACUGACACCUGUGGCUGUGGGAGGGGCUAUUAAAUGAUGGGCAGAUGUAACCCAUAAGGUCACGUUGGUGUAGAGGCCCGACUUCGUGUUCAUGAAUGUGACGGCAGCUCUGAGGUCCUGCUGAUCUCAUCGUGUUAAAACUCUGAGUCAUGUUUUUACUUUUGGUAUCACAUUUGGGGAUUCCCCACUCAGUUUUUACUUUCAUUUGGUACCUGUCCAGGUACUUUACCAUACUUCAGCCAAUCAGAGACCUGCAGCAUAGUGGCGUGCCUUGACCAAAGGUCUAUUCUAUUCUAUUCUAUUCUAUUCUACAGACUGCACAGGGUCAGAGCAGACGUUUUGGAGCAGGUAAGCAGAUAUUUUGUCUUUCUGAAAAGUUCCUUUGUUAGUUUGUCCACAUGAUGAGCAGGCUGGUCCAUCACUGGACAUUCAUACAUUAUGGUGUAAAUGUCAUCAACAUUUUUACCAGCCGUUGAGAGCAGGUGAUGCACAUGAAGUAUGAAUACAAACAGCAGCUAGUUGUUGUUGGGAUUUUAUUGAGGUUUGAAUCAGACAAACAAACGACGUCUAUGACGCAGCAACGUUCUUCGGUCAGUUUGAGGACACCGGUGUGCAAAGAGUGUUUGUUGCCUAGCAACGAAAUUAUCUUUAACUGAACUCUGAUCAUUUUCACUGCAAACUUUUUAAAAUACUGAAGAUAAACCAAGAGUCUAUAUUUAUUUAGCUGAGAUCUGACCAACAUGAUGUCGAUUUUUAACCACAGCAAGCGCCUGAAGGACAACGCUAAAGACAGUCAAGCUUCUGAGGAGAUGGACAGAGACGAGGAACUGGAAAGAUUGUUUCAGAGGUUACGCGUAUUUAAACACUACAGAGCAGACAGACUGAGCAGCUGUGAUGAAAGGCAAAGGCUGACAAAGCUGGCAAUGAGAAGCUGCACAGAUGAAGUCGUCCUGCAGUGGCUGAGAAAAAACUCAGAGUCUGACGCCUUCAGCAAACUCACAGACGUGUUCGACUUCCUGAAGAAACGCAUUGAUGAGGAGGAGAAGAAGAACCACAGCGAUGAUGUUCACAUCACCUUUGUGGCUCAUGGAGCAAUCGGAGACUUCAUGAUCCCAGCCAGCUGUUACCUGCCUCUGCCCACCAUCACUGACGUGCUCCUGUAUUCUCCCUGGAACUGCGUCACUUCUGGUUUAGCGUACGGUAUCGCUACAGGAAAACUGAGGCCUCAGCACAGAGUUUUUUACUGUAACGAUAAAGAAAGCUGUACCAUUCCUGAUGACAAACAUCGACCUGUGAACCUGCCAGAUCACUGGAACUCACUGAAGAAAGCUGGAGCACAGAUGGUCCCAAACAUCACGCUUAGCCCUCUUAGAGAUGAUGAUGGAGUGUGGAAAUACUUUGAGUCUCUCUCAGCUAAACACGGCCCACCAGGAAGGAACCGCAUCGUCAUCCCGUUCAUCCUCCCAGGACGGGAAUAUGAAAGCGUCCCGUUCUCUGUGGUGACCUUGGCUCUGUCCCUGGUGCUCCUCUCCUCCAGGUUUAAAGCCACUCUUCACUUCUCUGGUUGUCUCAGUGAUCGCUCUACUGGAGCGAAAUUUGACAGGAAGUAUCUUCAGGAGCAGUACGCCUGCACCAUCGACAACAGCUGGAUGAAAUGUUCACCUGAAGCUUUCAGAUGAUGAUACGUGCUGCUUGUGUUAGACAUGUUUGUGGACAUUUUAGUGUAAAGAUGAAGAUGAAAUGAUAAAAGUAAUUUUUCUAUAUUUGAGGCUCAGCUUCAUGAUGAAGGGACUUGAAUCAUCAUUUAGAAAUGUUCCAGCACCAGGUUUAAACUGACGUCUUCAUUCAGUGUAUCAGAAGCAUAUUUGGGUUUAAAGUGGUUCAGACACCUGUUCAUAAUCUGCUAACUUCUGUGGAGGUUAUUAAUAUAAACAGACUCACCUGUUCUCGCUGCUCACAGGUGACGUGAUACUGAUUUAUGUACAUCAGGUUACAUUGCACUGCGUGUUAUACUUGUAUAACUAUGCAUGUGACGAAUAGAGAAUCUUGAAUCUUGUAUUAUGUAAUAUUUGGGUCUUUUAUUGCUUCAUGUGAGGGUUUAAAUUCUGUACCAGAACAAAAAGUUCUGAGCCACAGCUUUCUAACUCUGAACCGUCUGUCACGUACCAAACAUAGAAGUAACACAAGUCUACAAGUUGUACGUCUGUAUUUUCAUGCCUGCAGACUCGGUAAUUAUUUCUGAUCUUUUGUUAUUGUAAACCAUGAAAAUGUGAAGAUGAUGUUGUUUAAAUGAAGAAGAACAGGAUGAAAACCUGAAGCUGCUCAUUAAAAACAAUAUCGUUUAUA